CGGACCGGAUAUGACUCGCAGGGAUCUGGGAGCAGCAGCCUCCAAACUGUGGGCGUUUUUCCCCUUCCUUUUCCCUGGGUGUUGCCUGCUGGAAGUUCCACCGGGUGUUGCAGAGAAGGACAGACAAGCCGGAUAGUUUCCGUAACGACAACAUUCCUCAACUUUUCCGGACUGCAGUCGAGGCCCUCACACUUUGUUCGCGUUUCCGUCGACGUCGUUAGCGAGCUGAGCCGACUGGGAUCGAGCUGCUGUAACGUCGGCUGGGUUGAGAGAGAGAGAGACAGAGAGAAAGAGAGAGAGAGAGAGAGGCAUCCGAUGCAGGCCAUUAAGUGUGUGGUGGUGGGGGACGGGGCUGUGGGUAAAACAUGCCUGCUCAUCAGCUACACAACCAAUGCCUUCCCUGGAGAGUACAUCCCCACAGUCUUUGACAACUACUCUGCCAAUGUGAUGGUUGAUGGGAAACCAGUAAACCUGGGCCUCUGGGAUACAGCGGGACAGGAAGACUACGACCGGCUCAGGCCUCUGUCCUACCCUCAGACGGAUGUGUUCCUGAUUUGCUUUUCACUCGUCAGUCCAGCCUCCUUUGAAAACGUCCGUGCCAAGUGGUUCCCUGAGGUGAGACACCACUGCCCCAACACGCCCAUCAUCCUGGUGGGCACCAAGCUGGACCUGAGAGACGACAAGGACACUAUCGAAAAACUCAAGGAGAAGAAACUCUCCCCCAUCACCUACCCUCAGGGCUUGGCCAUGGCUAAAGAAAUAACUUCAGUAAAGUACCUGGAGUGCUCCGCUUUGACGCAGCGCGGCCUUAAGACGGUGUUUGACGAAGCCAUCAGAGCGGUGCUGUGCCCCCCACCCACCAAGGAGAGGAGGAGGAAGUGCAGAAUAUUCUAAGGGACCACGGGGAAAAGAAAAUACGGUUGCAGUAAGAACUCGCCUACUCAGAGGGAAGAAGAUGAUGGCUGGGUUCCCCAAAUAUCUAUUCACCCCUUGUGUCCUUGCUUACAUAGAAGCUCCGGUAGUUCACACUUCCAUCUGAAAAACGUCACAGAUUGAAGCAGUGCUGAAGGUCUCGUUUCUGUUUACUUGCGUCUGUUUAGUUUUUUCAGUUUGACGGGAAUGAAGUGACUUUGUUAAGGCCUUAGGGAAUGUGAGGGUGGGGGAUUAGUUCUGGGAUCUGGGGUUGAUUUAAGGAGAAAGAGGGAGGAUUUUACAAAAAACUAAGAAAUCCAUUAUGUCAUUUUUCGAUGACAUCAUUUUUCUAUGAAACACUACUCAAAUGGAAUAUUAUCAUGAAAAUUAUUGCAGAUUUAACUCUUUUUAAAAAAAUUAAAAGGAGGAGGUUCCUGCACUGCACUCUUUCCCCCUACACACUUAAGAGAUUCCUGCUGCCUUGAUGACAUUUUACUUUGAGAAAAAUACUUGUUUAGAAGUUUUGUUGUCCUUUUUUUCAUCGUCAUGCCAGCUCCGUUUUGUUUACAUGCGUCAUCUGACUAGACUGAGGUGUUUCCAAAAUCCAGUCAAUGGCCAUCACUUUGUAGUCACUCCAUUAAUACUAAAAUUACUCCUUUUUUUCAUUUAGUUUUAACGUGUACAAGAUGACAUCAUGCACUCAUUCAGAAACAGUUUCACCCUCAGAUGACUUAUUACAAUGGUUGUAGCAGCUGCUAAGUUAAGUAAUAAUUACAAUAAUUAACAAGCAUUUAAAACACAGUCUCUGCUAGAUAAUUAACAGUUAAUUAUCUUGUUUUGUUCCUAAAAGAUGUCUAGAUGAAUUCAUUGAUCUCUUCUUGCUCUGUGUUAAGUCAACACACACAGUAUUUUAUGAAUGACUGUCGGGCAUGUGAAGGUGCAGCUAGUGUUGUUGUGCAGGUUCAUUCUCAAUCUAUCUGUAAAGAUUAUAUCAUCAUUUCAAGUCCCUACUAAGUUCUCGCUGAUUUUGGCCAUCCCUAUUCCUGUGUUUUAGGAGUUAGUGUAUUUACGCUUGAAUGUUGCAACAGAUUUUAUUGUUUUUGUUAUACAAUAUGAGCAUUAUGAACUAUUCAGCAAAUACAUUUUAUUUUGUAAUGAGCAAUGAUCAAAUUGCAUGGGUGCCCUGGGGAAUCACUGUAAAAUCUGGACUCCUUUUUUAUCAGUGUUUCAAUGGUGCGGUGGAAGUGCACACUUGGAUUUACUUUGUUGCUAAAUGCAGUUUAAUUUACGGAUUGUAAUAUGUUUUUUUUUUUUUUAAGCAAAUAAAUUCAU